AUGGCGAAGACUCAUACAUUGGAUAAUCAGAAGAUUCGAUUCGUCUCCCUCCACCGGAAUAAUUCAUCUACACAGGAAAUGACACCAACUACCGUACUAAAUAUUCUUGAUAAUUUCCACCAAGCAAUUGAAAGAUUGUCGAUGCAGAAUACUCAAGAGAAUUCCGAGUUCGAAUCGCUUAUCGAGGAAUUGCACUCUUACAAGAAAGAAUACCAUGCACUGUGGACGAAGUUUGAGAAACAUGAGAGGCAGUCGCAGCUAACUCAAUCCCGGACAAAGUGUACAGACAACUUCGAUGACAUGGGAAAUGGGGAAAAGGAUUCUCUUUAUAUUGCUCAAGUACAAAGUCGUAUGACCGAGAACUCAUUGUUAGGCACUAUAUCUGCUAUAAACGUCGAACUUGAUAAACAGAGGGUCCGUGUUACGAAUCAGGAACAUGAGUUGAAAAGGUUGAAGACCGUUAUCAACAAAGAUUCCCACCUAAAGAAGACCAUGUCGGAGAAAAUUAAGGAUUUCGAACAGCGAUUGCAAGAAGAGAGCAAGGCAUCCAAAAAUGAGCUCAAACUUCAAAAGCAAAGAAUGACUGACUUAAAUACACUCAAUCAAGGUCUUGAGAGGCAGCACAACCAGGCGCUCAUUGUCAAAGAAGCUUCGGAAUGGAAAACCCAAUUCAAGCGGACUGUUCAGCAACUGGAGUCGGAGAAAAAUGAACUGGACGGACUGUUAAAGGCGAAAGAAUGCGCCAUUCAAACUGCGAAUACCAAAUGCGGAAAUUUGAAGUCUCAGGUCAAAGAAUUAGAACUUCUCGUAACAACGACGGAACAACUUGUUAAAGCGCAAGCUCAGGAGCUCACACUCGCGCGAAAUAGGAUUGAUGAGCUCCAGUUAUCCAUAAAGGUCACAAGGCAAAAAGCGGAAAAUCAUACCAAGGUUAUUGAGAACCUUCAAGCGAGCGAAGCAAAUGCGCAAAGUUCUCAUGAAAUCACAAUGAGGGAACUCAAGGCAUCUCGGAAGCGAAAUGAAGAAUUGCAGUCCGCAAUCAAUGAAAUACAGUAUUCAAAAAGCGAACAAGCACAAGAAUUAGACAAUAUACGAAAGGAGAACCUUUGCCUCUUGAAUCGCAGAAACCAAGAGUACCAAGAACUUUGCGAGAAGUAUGCAAACCUUGAGUCUACGGUUGAAAUUAUCAAGGUUACUAGUAUGGAAACAUUGAAGAACGAGAAAGAACUUGAAACUUGGAAGAGGAGACAGCUAACAACCGAAAAUUUCUGUGAUAAUGAGGAUUGGGAGAUAUUUCUCAAGCAAAAUGAGAGGAUUCUCGCAUCUUCUCAUGCUGCUGUCCAGGUUAAGAACCACGAACUUCAUGCUAAGGACCAAGAACUCCAGUGCAGAGUAUCAGAGCUCAAUACCUACAAGACGGCAUUGAUUGACAUGGAAAUUUGUGCCGGCAGAACGCUCAAUUCUCUGCGAAAUCAUAACCAAGAACUUUUGUCACUCGUUGCGGUGCAGGAUGCUAAAAUACAUCAAGUUGAAACCCUCAAAGAUCAGAUGAAGGAGAUGGCCUUGGAACUAGAGAGCCUGCAAACGGAAAAGGCUAAUACCGAGCGUUCUUUUGUGCACAAAUGCCAAGAGGUAGACAAUCUCCGUAUCGAAUUUCGUUCCUCUGUACAACUUAUCAAGGAGAAAGCCCAUGCGGAGCUAGAGGAGAAAAAUUUGGAGCUUUCAAUACUCAGCAAAGGCAAGCAGGAUGUGUGCCUGUUGGUCGAAGAAAAGGACCGGAUCCUAAAGAACCUAAGGGACACCGACAAUGAAAGAGAGAAAGAAUUAGGCAGACUUCGCAAAGAGCAGGGGAAACUGGAAACCGCCCUCCAUGUGGCAAGGCAGGAGCUAGGAAAAUCGCAAUGCCCGACAUGUAAGGAUGCUAAAGUGAAAGUUCAGGUGAACGAAUACUUUAGCAAGAAAUCGAAGCAGAAGUAUAGGGCAAUGACUCAUGCCCAGACGCAAACAUGUACAGUCGAUGGUCGCAAUGAUCCAGAAGCUCAAGGAAACGAUUCUAGGACGACGGAGCAGAGCAUAGAUUUGUUAUGCACGACAUUGAACAGGCAGUUAUCCCUCGCAAGCGAAAAAAAGGAGAAACGAGUGGGGCCGCCCACGGUACUUCAUCUCAUGACCGAUAUUCAGCUGAUAUGUCCUCUACUUCAUGAAUCGUCCGCGCACCCGGUACAUCAAAAUAACGACAAAAGGGCUGCGGCAACCAUCAUACUGCCAGUGGAAGUACGCGCUUUGCGUAACAGCGAAUUGCAGAACUAUGCGGAUCUAAUACAACAGGAAGAAAGGUCGAUUAAACCACAUGCGAAUACUUUGAUUUCGGAGAAGCUACGCAAAUUUCUAGGCGCGAAUACAAUUUUGAAGCAUAUGCAGGUUCAAUCGAACUUCCCUUUAAUUCUCCCUCAAAAAUCGAUACGAAAAGAGCCUGAACUCGCUGAUUCAAGAAAGGCAUUUGAAGUUCUUGAGCUUGUAGAGGAACCAGCACGAGAGCUUGAAGCUUCGAACGUCGUGAACGCGGGAUUGGUACUUGAUGCAAACAUACCACAAACCAUUGAAGAGGCACGUAGAUCACAGGAUCAAAUUAUCCAAAUUUCGCAGGAAAAAUUGUUCAUCACAGAGAAAAGUCUCAAGAAGAUGCUAAAGGACUGCAGAUAUUUCGAAACCGAUCAGGACAAGACGAAUAUGUCAAACACUGAGAAGGCUGCAGAGUUGAUGAUCGAGCUGGCGCAGAACCCUGCUUUGACUAUCCAAUCAAAGUCCUUGCAGGAACAAUGCGAUUCCCAAAUGCGUGCGUUCAGGACCACUCAGCCGAAGUUCAAAGACCUCCAAGUGACCAUUCAGGGUCAUGAUCGGGAACUUGUUGAACUUCUCAGGAUCAACGAAAAUGAACGUUCACGAGAGCUGCAAACCUUUGAAGCGAAAGAAGCGGCAGAUAGGGCGAUGACAACCGAUUUACGGAAGCAAAUUCAAACCCUCGAAACGAAACAUCGAUCACAGGGCAAAAGCUUCCAACUUGUGAAGGAGCAGCUACUUCGCACAAACAAGAACCUGAAGAUUAUGACAGCAGACUACUACGACAUGAAAAUGCUUGUUGCAGAAGAGAAUACACAAUUGAAGAACGAGCAGGCCCGCACGUCUCAUUUGACUAUCCAGCUGAAAGGUUGUCGUGAACAGUGUAGCUCUCAAAAAUAUGCGCUAGAUACAGCGGAACAGAGACUGGAAUCCCUUCAGAAAACUCUGAAUGCUCGAUGUCAGGAACUGGAGUCUCUUAAGGGCAAUAUGACGACUCACGCAGACAUUCUGUCUCAGAAGAAUGCUCAACUCUUGGAUGCACAAGAGCAGUCCGCUGAUUUGACCACUCGAUUGAAGGCCUUGCAGGAACGAACUGAUCUUCAGCAUUGUAGACUAGAGGAAACGUUACAAGAAUUGGAGAACCUUCGGAUGAAUAAUCAGGAUUUGCUACGGGAGCUGGAGUCGCUCAAGGAUGAACACAUUGACGCGAAAAACAUCGCAAAAGGGACCGGCCAGCUAAUGAAUAUCCAGGAUCAGACGAAUAAAGAAAGGAAAUAUACCAUGGCACGAGUCGAGGUGGAAGCCCUUCGCUCCGAAUUGAACAACCUUCGUAUCUAUCAAGAGCAGAGAGCAUCUCAAACGCAGGAACACCACAAGCUACAUCGGAAUAACCUAGAAAAAGUGGUUCAAGACAAUAAGUCACGGGAAGUUCGGAAGACUACAGAUGAGCAAAAUUUGGUCUCCGCUUUAGCUUCAAAUACGUCGAAGAAUCAGGUUCUGCAAUCAAAAACAGAAUCUCAGGGGAAAAGUUUACCAUGCAAGGUCCUUCAAAAGACCCAUUAUACUAUGGCACCUAGGCUCGAUACUCCAUCAUGGGGAGGUCUCAAGAAGAGUUUUAGCGAUGCUGACGUGGGAACGGAAGUUACGACCAGACACAGAUAUGCAUUGGGUUUUCGAAAGAAGGAAGGAGACAAUGGAGAAUCCCGGUUCUUCAAGAAUCAGCGAGCAUCCAUCUAUGUGCGUUCAUAUUUUGGUACGAACCGAAAGCAUCUGCUCAUAGCUGUUGUCUCAUCGCGUGCAGCUAAUGGGUGGCUUUAUAAGCUGGCAGUGUCGCGACGAAAACAGAAAGGAACAUUAAGGACCGAAGUUGAUUAUACUAUACCAGUCCCAGAUCAUUCUCGAUCCCAACAAUAUAUGUUUGCUACUUACAUCACUUACCUUGGUCAACGGUCUGAUGAGUUGAAGCGGAACUCCUAG